GAGAGAGAGAGAGUAGCAACUGAAAAAAUGGAACAACUGAAGCCAAGUGCUGCAAACUCUUCACCUCUCACCCCACUCGGUUUCUUGGACAGAGCAGCAACUGUUUACGGCGACACACCUUCCGUUAUCUAUGACGCCGUUACCUUCACCUGGUCUCAAACUCGCCGUCGCUGCCUCCAGCUGGCCUCUGCUCUCUCUUCCCUUAAAAUCUACCGCGGCGACGUCGUUUCCGUCGUGGCACCAAACAUACCCGCCACCUACGAGCUCCACUUCGCCGUCCCCUUCGCCGGCGCAAUCAUCAACAUAAUCAACACACGCCUACGCGCCAGAACCCUCUCCGCUGUCCUCCGUCACGCCGAGUCCAAGCUCGUCUUUGUGGACGUAGCCUCACGUGAUGUCGUCAUCGAAGCUCUCUCUUUGUUCCCCGAAAAUAAUCCCCGCCGUCCGAUCCUCAUCCUUAUAGAGGACGAUGCGGUCGAGCACCUAACUCCAUCAUCCACCGUUCAUUUCGAAGACACGUAUGAAGGCUUAAUCUCCAAGGGAGAUCCGAAUUUCAAGUGGUUAUACCCUAACAGCGAGUGGGACCCGUUGAGACUAAACUACACCUCCGGAACGACGUCGUCUUCACCCCAAGGAGUAGUUCACUCCCACAGAGGAACCUUUGUUAUCACCGUUGACUCGUUGAUGGAUUGGGAGGUUCCGAAACAAGCGGUCUUUCUCUGGACCUUAGCGAUGUUCCACGUUAACGGAUGGUGCUUCCCGUGGGGGAUCGCUGCCGUUGGAGGGACGAACAUCUGCGUCCGCAAAUUCGACGCGCCGAUCGUGUUUUCUCUCAUCACGAGCCACCGCGUGACUCACAUGUGUGCCUCGCCGGUGCUGCUUAACAUGCUAACAAACACUCCCGACAACAAGCCGUUGGAGAAUCCCGUCCACAUCCUCACCGCCGGAGCGCCGCCUCCUCCGGCGGUGAUCCAGCGAACGGAGUCUUUAGGAUUCAUAGUCAGCCACGGGUACGGCCUGACCGAGACUGGAGGAGUGGUCGUGUCGUGCGCGUGGAAGAGAAAGUGGAACCGUUUUCCGGCGGCGGAGAGGGCGAGGUUGAAGGCGCGGCAGGGAGUAAGAACAUGCCUAAUGACGGAAGUGGACGUGGUUACAAGCGCGGGAGAGAGCGUGAAGCACGACGGGGUAACGCUGGGUGAGGUAGUUAUCCGCGGAAGCUGCGUGAUGCUUGGAUACCUUAAGGACCCCGAAAGAACAAAAAACCGUUUGAAAAACGGUUAUUUCUACACUGGCGAUGUUGGUGUGAUCCAUGAAGACGGUUACUUGGAAAUAAAGGAUAGGUUAAGCGACGUCAUAACCACGGGUGGCAAGAAUCUGAGCAGUGUGGAGGUGGAAUCUGUUCUUUACAUGCACCCGGCGGUGAAAGAGGCAGCGGUGGUGGCGAGGCCGGACGAGUACUAUGGUCAGACGCCGUGCGCGUUCGUGAGUUUGAAAGAGGGGUUGGUGGUGACAGAGGAGGAGAUAAUUGAGCAUUGCAGGAAGAACAUGGCAACUUAUAUGGUCCCCAAAACGGUGGCGUUUAGGGAGGAGCUUCCAAAGAGUUCCACUGGGAAGAUUAAAAAGACUGUGCUGAGACAAAUUGCGCAAGAAAUGGGAUCCAUCCCAUAUCAAAAUGUGAAUAAUAAUUACUCCAUGUUGUCUUAGACUGGAAUCUUUGUAUUUUGUAAUAAUACAUAUGGAAAGUGGAAAAAUGAAUGAGGGGUAUUUUUACGUGAAACGGUGAAAACUUUCAGCUAUCAGUAA